CCAUGGCGAUUUGUUUACAUAAACUGGUGAACCGUGCUUCGGUUAUUAAUCCAAUUCUGCUGCAAAGUAGGCAAAUCACAACACCGUCAUUGAUUGCCCCAGAUCAAAACGAAUCAAGGACUGUUUUGAGAUCGAUUACGAUUAAAAAGCCGACACUCUUGAGUGUAGAAGCUCAAUCACUCGCACAAAAUGUCCGAUGCUUCUCAAAUACAAUAGUCAAUCUGAAUCAGGCAACGGGUUCAAGUAGCGAAUCAUCGCCGGACGGUGGUGCUAGUGAAGAGCAAUUAUCAAUUAUCUAUGAGUCGUUGAGAGAGGAUUUGCCACAGAUAUUUGUCAAACCAUUGGAUUACAGUAAAGUCCACAAAGAUAUUGUGUUUGAGAAUCGUAUUCGUGGAAAAACCUACUAUGGCAUUGUCGAUACCGUCAAGCAACUUUCGUUCCUUCGAUUGUGGGGUCAUUUUAAGUACGCCUAUGUCAAAAUGGAUGUCAUCAAAAUGACCAAACAUAAAGAAGACUCAUCGAUAAAGGUACGCUGGAGAAUUUCAGGAAUCACCGGCUAUAAAAUUCUCUUUAAAAUGAUCCAAUUCCGUGUGUGGGAUCCAAGGAAAAUGAUUGAAGAGCAUCAACGAGUAUGGAUCGAUGGAUUCUCAACGAUUUACGUAAACAGCGAUGGGUUUGUAAUCAGACACAUCGCUGAUAAGGUGAUGCCAGAUGAAAACAGAGAAUUGAAUCCACUCGAGAAAGUUGUAGAUAAACUAGGCCAAGUACCAAAAUUAGCUCUCUUCGUGAACUUAUCUACAGACAUUGCACCCACUAUCACAUCAAUAGUUGCCGUUUGAUAUUGGUUAAGACAAUCAAUUGUAUUUUGGUGUUGAAAGAAAUGAUUAUUUCAAAUAACUAUGUGCGUUGAAUUAAAAUCUUAAUAGUUGUAAAUAAAUGAAGGAAACCCUCAAGAACAAA